GCCCCCUAUUGGACUUCGUUUAAUUUGGGAAAACACUCUCUCUCUCUCUCUAAUUUCAUCAGAAUCUCGAAGGGCCCCGGCGAAAACCCAAGAAUCGCCAUUGGAUCAAACGGUCCUGUAAUCCUUCAGCUGUUCUCACUUUUCCGCAUCAUGAACUUGAUAAAGGGUUUGCGUCGGUACGGACAGAGCAUACAACAUGAUCCAAAACUGGAUAGAGAUUUUCUAGUACGGCUGUGGGUAGAUGAUAGAAAAAUGAUAUCGUCUAUGGAAAAAAUGGAAAAAAGACGGUCAAAAUCUAGGGAAAAAAGAAGGGAUAGGGUUGUUAACUAUGCAAACCAUGAGGAAACAGGUUAUGCCAAGCAGUCUUCUUUCCGGAACCCGUUUGGAAGACUUUUUUCGGCCCCAUCUGCUGCAGAAGAGAGAUCAUACAACCAAACGAAAAAAGUUCUGAAGCAACCACCUCUUAGCCAGCCUACCACUGGUGCCUUGAAGCCAUCAUCCCUGGAGGAGGCUCGCCUUGCACCUCUUCUUGCGAGGUCCAAUUUGCUGAUUACAAGGGAUAUAGAAUGGGCAAAUCUUGUAUUUGGUUUUGAGCAGGAAAAUCGAUAUUUAGUAGUAGAUGUUUGCUACCCUGAAUCACCAGUGGGUUUGAUCCGCGAACAGAGUAAUUUGAUUGCCAGACAGUUGCUUCGUACGCGGCGUCCUUUCAUGGCUUACAUAACUGAUGCCUUGGGCAACGAGCUGUUUAGGGUCCGAAGGCCGUUUUGGUGGAUAAACAGUUCAAUUUAUGCAGAAGUAGAUGGUAAGGAGGUUGGUGUUGUUCACAGAAGAUGGCAUCUGUGGAAGAGGGUUUAUGAUUUAUACUUGGGGAAUACACAGUUUGCCGUGGUUGAAAAUCCUGGCUUUUGGAAUUGGACAUUUACUUUGAAGGACAUUGAUGGACAAGUGUUGGCUCAAAUAGAUCGUGACUGGAGGGGCUUUGGGUUUGAGAUCUUUACUGAUGCUGGUCAAUACGUGAUCCGAUUUGGAAGUGUUGAUGCCAGUGCCGACAACGGUGAUGUUGAAGAGUUGGAAGUAGCUCGUCCCUUAACUCUGUCAGAGAGAGCAGUAGCUGUUGCACUUGCUGUGUCACUGGAUAACGACUAUUUCUCGAGACACGGAGGCUGGGGUAUUCCUUUUGUUGCAGUGGGUGAAUAACAUUUCUUGUCACUGUGCCGAUGCUUUGUUAUUUCCGCGGUGGUGUUGCACAGAGAUCUCCUUUCGGUCUCCCUUCAUCUCUCCCCUUUGUAAAUCCUAAUGUUGCCCUAAUUUUACGUGUGCAUUUUGAAUUGAGAUUGUUGCCCUUGACAUGUCUUCAGUGUUGAUGGAAAAUAGCCUACACAUUGGUUUUCAAAUUUGAGAUGAUGUAAUUUUAUCACCAACUGUUUAUUUCAUUCCAUUCGUGAA